AUUUCUGGAGAAAAUACAAUCAGUAUAGCUUUCAAAAACGAAGUUUUAGACUAUCAGAUACAAUCUUCAAUGUUUGAUGUUGUUGUUUUAGCUGUAGCAAGACUUUUUCUGAUACUACUUUUUUAUGUGUUUAUUAGACUAUCUCAUUGGUGGGUUGUUGCAGUCACUACUGCUGGGACUUCAGCAUUCAUAAUUGCUAAGGUGUUUUUGUAUUCAUGGGCUAAUUCAAACAAGACUGCAGCUGUUGUUUUAUUAUUAUGUUCUUUUGUUUUGUCUUGGGGUGAAGCAUGGUUUCUGGACUUCAGAGUUCUUCCAAGUGAAUCUAAAGCAUUAUCAUUUUUAGCAAAACAAGACAUUGAAAGAGUGCCUGUAUUGUCACAUCCUGCAUUAUCUCGAUCUCAAAGUGAUGAAGGAAGUGCUUUUUAUUCACCACCUGGCUCUGAUGCAGAAGACAAUGGAAAAGAAAAUGAUGGCAGCACAGUUUCUGAAGUUGAAUGGUUGUCUCCCAAAAAUAGCAAAGAGCUUCCUGAACAGGAGUACCGAAAAUUAGCGGAAGAGGCAUUGCAAAAUGCUAUUUCCAUCAUUGAAUCUAAUGGAUGGAAGAAAGAAAGAUGUGAUGGCGAUGACAUAAUCUAUUCCAAGACGGUGCCAGUAUAUGGAAAAGUUUUUAAAUUUGAAGGUACCAUUCAUUUUCCCCCAGAAAAAAUUCUAGAUGAAUUGUAUUUCAAAGGAGAAGAAAUGCACAAAUGGAAUCCUACUGUAAAGAAAGUUAAGGUUGUUCAAAAGAUUGAUGAUCAUAUUGAUAUCACCCAUGUUAUUGCUACGGAAGGUGCUGCUGGGCUUGUAUCUUCCAGAGACUUUGUGAAUUUAAGGAUAUGGAAAAAACAGAAUUCCGGUUUUACUCAUGGAUCGAUAGCAAUAACUCAUCCUGAUGUUCCAGUCGUUACAAAAUAUGUCAGAGGUGAACAAGGGCCUUGUGGUUACAUAUUAACUGCCGCUGGAGAGAAUUCUGAACAUUGCAAGCUUCAGUGGCUUCUAAAUACAAAUUUAAAGGGAUGGUUACCUCAGUAUCUCAUAGACCAAACUUUGUCAUCUGUAAUGAUUGAAUAUAUAGCAUCACUAAGAAAGCGUGCUUCUGAACUAAAGUCGUGUGUAUGAUGGUUAAGCAUCAACUGUACAUAUGCUUAAGUUGUACAAACUCAACUAGUCAGAGUAUUUUUCUACGAUGAGGGCCUUUUCUUUAAAGGCAUAAAUAUUUUGUUGGCCCAAAGUAAUAUUUGAUAUACCUUUUCAAGUCAUUUACUGAAUCAUUUUUGUGCUGUUAAUGAGAAAAUUAAGUCUUUAUUUCAGAGAAUGAAUUGAGUAGAAAAUUCUAAAAUUUUGUUGCGGGGGAAUUGUGUGUAUCUCAUAGAAAAUUAUAUUUUGAAGAAUCGAAAGGGAAUUUGAAAGUACAGUAUAACAUCGAUUUAGCGAUUGUCAAGGGACUGGAAAAAGUUAUCGUUAAAUCAAGGAUAUCGUUAAAUCAAGGAGCAUAGACAUUCAAUGCAGCCAAGUCCAGACGAGUGAAAUGUAUCAUUAUAUUGAGGAAAUCGUUAAAUCGAAGUUAAACUACUUGAAACGAUGCAAAUCACGUAAAGUUCAUGAAGUACUUUCCAAAGCACUUCAUUAGCUGUAUGCAAUUACAGGAUAACUUCGAUUUAACGAUUUUCUCAAUUCAAUGACAUAUUUUACUGGUACGGAUUUGACUGUACUGAAUAUCGAUGCUCCUCGAUUUAACGAUAUCCUUGAUUUUACGAUAACUUUUUCCAGUCCCUUGACAAUCGUUAAAUCGAGGUUAUACUGUAUAACUUUAUACGCACAGAAUUAAUAACUAUUGUUACUUCACGAAAGUUAAUUCUUUGAGAAACGGUGACUUUCGUUUGAAGCCACCAUUUCUCUUUUUAUUUUCAGUCAAUUGACAGUGUCUUCAACUAUUGACUGAAAAGAGGCAUAAUUUGUGGCCCGAAACGUAGUCACCGUGCCUCAAAGGGUUGAUAGGGAUUGCUGAAAUAGAAUUGUACGUUCAAUGUCUCAUGUGUGUGUGUGUUCAUUUUGUAUGCAGAACAUUUUUUCAUAGUUUACAAUUUUAAAAUUUUUACAAAACAUUCCCCAACACAUUUUGUGAUACAUAACAUUACCUACAUUUGUAGAAUUUAACUAUCAAGACUUAGCCAUACAUUCGUAGUUUUAGUCUAUUUCUCUAUUCAAGAAAUCUGCUCAGUUUUUUAGUUACUUUUUAGGUGUGCGUGUAAUAUGAGAUGCUUGUACAUUUUGUGUUGUGAAAACUUAUUUAAUUAUAAAUAUUUGAGCAGUGUUACUUUUUUCUUAAGACAGAAAAACUUUCAAUAUGAGUUAUGGAGAUCAGUUGUAAUAGCUUAAUAAUUGUCACGACAUUUUUUAUGGCCAACUUUCUCUUUAACGUUAAUUUUGAAGUAUUAACAUUUUUUCGGAAACAUUGACUUCACAGUAGUAGUCGUCCAACAUUUCUUCAAUAUGAUUAGCGAAGAAUAUGCUGACUUAAAACGUGCUUUCAAAAAGUUAAAUUUCAUAAAAACUACAGUACUUAUUUUUUUAAAAAUGAAAUUUCUGCGUAAUAAAAAAAGUAUUUUCAGUGUUUUAGCUAUGCAUUUUGUACAUAUAACUUACGUGCCUCAUUUGCACUACCGUCCUUAGCCAGAUAUGCAAGAUACAACAUGUUUAAUAAAAACAGACCAUUUCAACAACACUUCUAUGCCCAUCUCUGUUCCUUGAAACAUCAACUUCAACUCUUUUCUAUUUUAUUCAUAUAUAUAUAUAUUACUAAUUUCAAUUCUUCAAUAUAAUUGAGAAAUCCAACUCGUUUGAUCAUAUACAACCAUAUUUUUGUUUUUAUUGUUUUACUCAAAUGAAAAGUUUAUCAAAUUUUAGACAAGGCGUUUUAUGAAAAAGUUUGAUAGUAAUUGUCUGUUUGUUAUUUUUGAAAUUUACGAUUGAUAAUAAAUUGAGUUUUUA